GCUCUGUCAUCGCAUACGCUAAAUGUGUAGCUUGUGAACGCACUUAUGGAGAAAUUUGGCGUAAAUUCUUCAGAAUAUUAAAAUAGUACGUAAAACUAGCAACACAUCUCCGCAGUGGGGGGGAAACGACCGAGUAAAACAAGGUUAAUAAACAAACAUAUGUGUAACAUUUGAGCCUCGCUGGGAUAGGCAAAUAAUGGAAAGGAGUAAGUGGUUAUUUCAAAACUAAAAUCCCGACUGUCUCCAUUCUCCGGUCUUUACUUUUCCUGGGACUCUGCGACUAGACACUCCGCUAGCAAGUAUAGUAGCGCGCGCUAGUUAGCCCGUCAGCGAAGCCACAUAAUAUCUGCUAACUUCGUGCGCGCUGAGAAAAUGGUGUACCUGUUAAAUCCUCUGGAGAACCUGAGGAGCUACAUCAAUAAUCGUCCGCCACUGGUCAUCUUUAUGGUCAGCGUCAGCGCCGUGGCCAUCGCCUUCCUCACCAUCGGCUACUUCUUCAAAAUCAAGGAGAUCAAAUCCCCAGAGAUGACUGAGGACUGGAACAUCUUCCUUCUGCGCUUCAACGAGAUUGACUUCUGCGUAUCAGAGAAUGAGACGCUCAAGCACAGCCUGAACGAGUCAACCACGCCCGAAAGCACGGUGACCAGUGGCCAGGCGCGCUCCAGCACCCAGGCCCCGCUGCUUCUGGAGGACCCGGGCCCGAUCAAUAUCUCUGUUCCCAUCACCCUUACCCUGGACCCACUGAGGCCCUUCGGGGGCUACUCACGUAACAUCACCCACCUCUACGCCACCGUGCUGGUGGGACAGGUCGGCCUGGCCGGCAGGGAUGCCCACGAGGAGAUGAACAUCACCUUCACACUGCCAGCGUCAUGGAAUUCUGAUGAGUGCGUGCUGCACGGCCACUGUGAACAAGUGGUGUUUAGCACUUGUAUGACCAUCACUGCUGCCAGCAACGUCUUCCCUGUCACAGUGCAACCGCCCCACUGUGUCCCAGAGACCUACACCAACGCCACGUCCUGGUACAAGAUCUUCACCACGGCCCGUGACUCGGACACCAAGUACACGCAGGACUACAACCCUUUCUGGUGUUACAAAGGAGCCAUCGGGAAGGUGUACCACACCCUCAACCCCAAGCUGACAGUCAUCGUGCCAGACGAUGACCGCUCACUCAUCAACCUGCACCUAAUGCACACCAGCUACUUCCUCUUUGUGAUGGUCAUCACCAUGUUCUGUUACGCUGUCAUCAAGGGCCGGCCAGGGAAAGUACGGACAACCACCAACCCAGACUUUUGUGCUGAAAAGGUAGGUGGCCUUGUCAGAGGGGUAAGAAGAACUCUAGGAUCGCCAUCAGAACUGAAAUAUAACCGAGGAUGAAGUAAAAUAAAAAAAGACCAGUUGCCUACUGAACCCUGAAAAUAAUACUGGGCUGUACAGCUCUGUGAAUGCAUUUUUCUGCAAUGUUGGAUCACUCCAACCAAAGACAUAUAAGUGCCUGUAUCUACUGUGUAAAUAUUUGUAGGAACUCAUGAAUUCAGUACAGAAACAGUUUGCCUGAGCCCCCCCGUGCCAUUGGUGACAAAAUUCCAAAAUGCAAUAUCAGCAAAGCUAGAAGUCCUAACGCAAAAUUGACUGAAUGGAAACUGCACUUCCACAUUGUCACCAGUCUUUGUCCCAUUUUCGUCACACAUUUGACCCUCACAUAAUCCAGUCCGGGUAAUUCAAGUUCCUACGUGUCUUCAUGUGUGUAUGGUGAAAAGUCUUUGGUUUCCUCGUGACAACGGGCCUUUGUCACACUGAAAUAAGAUUUCUCUGCCUUUCUCUUCCCCUUUAGUUUCUUCAUCAUUCACUUGUGUAUUCUUGAGUGGUUUAUCCUUGCUUGCAUUCUGAAAGUCCUGCAAUUGUGUCUCUGUGUGUGGAAGGCCGGCUUACCCGCCUCAGGAGUGUUUUAGGCCACACGCCUUUUAUAGCACCUGGAAGUUACAUUUUAACUGACAAGAGGCCUGUCUAUGUCAAGUGGACUUCAAGAAAGAUUGUUAGCAACAAAAUGUCAACCUCCAUCUCCUAUGUUCUUCCAAUAAGCUUGUUGCUUUAAAUCAAGUGUUGUGAUACUUCUGACAUCUAAGCUUGUCAUGCAUAGCAGAAAGAACGCUCUUUUUCCUUGAAUUUAGUGUAUGCUGACGACUGGUAGGCCCUUGAGUAAUUGAAAGUUGGAAUGCAUGUUAAUAAUUGUUUGUGCUCUAUUUUAAGCACUAUUGUUUUUAAUGUGGGUUCUGGUAAUGGAGAAGUGUGUAAUUGUGGAAUGAUUUAUUGUAUAUGACAAAGCUCUUCACUGGCAACGAUUAAUCAAUUUUGAUUCACCUGUUUUUUUGUUUUGUUUUUUCAAUUUGUUCCGUUAUUGAUAUACUUAAUGAAUGUAAAAGCUACACAAUCAAUUUACAGCAGCGAUCCAACAUUACAACUAUGAUAACUAAAUGUACAAACAUUUAUUCCAAACAAUUUGGAAUGUGAUGUACCUUUUUUUUUUAUUAGAUUUUAGUUUUGUCAAUGAGCCUUUACCCCAAACUUUAAUUUCCAGUUUUGUUUUGACAGACCAGUAUUUUCAUUAUUGUUGUUUUUCUUGUUGCAAUUACUUUUUUAAAAUUGCAUAUUUUUCAUCUGUCAAUUUCUCAAACAUGUCAGUAUGAUCCUAGCUUUUAUUUGAGGAUGAUUGAAUGGAUCCCUUAUCAUUUUUAGAAUUGGUUUUCGAAUUUCACUUGAAAUGGGUUUUAAGGGUGCUGUCAUAUCAACUUGGUUUUCCUGCAGUAGCUAACCGAGUGUGGCAUACAAUACAUGCCCCCCCCCUGCAUUAAUUCCACUGAUAUCUCCUCUCUUGUUAGUUCAGAAGUUCAUGUUAAGGUUUAAACUAUGCAGCUGUAGGUGGGUGCAUCCAAAUCCUUUUUGUCUAGUGCUUUCAGUCAGAGCUGAAUAUAUUACAUUGUAGUGUCAUUUCAUAACUACGUAGUAAAGACUGUGUCCUGGGUUGAUGGGUGACAAACAAAGCAUUGUGUUGUCAGCCCAGCAACCAUUCAUUGUAAUGCCUAUGAUUUUGUCCUUUUCUUCCCUGUGAGAAAUGCCUGCCCAUUUGAAAGAUUGCCUUAAUAUUACUUUGUUGUUUUUGUCCUCGAUGUAGAUGGCUGUAGGUCUGUCUGUUUUGCUUUCAGUUCAUGCUCAUCAUCCCAUCAUUCAGAAUUAUCUCCAUAGGCAUCACAUCAGGCUUAGCUUGCCAAAGGUGUCCCUGGGUUUCGUCUCACCCUGUAUGUAGUAUAGUUGACUAUACGAUCACCAACAUUUUGUAUUAUGGUACAGGAGGUAUGUUAGAUAUGAAUUUGACCAUACUCUCACAGCACAGGAUAUUAGUUGUGUGUUCUCACCCGGACCUUAAAUGUUACGACAUCCAUCCCCCAAUACUGAGCAUGGCAACCAUUUGACCUUGUUUUCCUUCAAUUCUUUUAGCAGCACAUUAUGCCUUUUGCACUAACCUGCUGCACCAUCCCAGUAAAUAGCUCCUCUGUUUAAAUGUGAAUACAAGGGGUCAAAGGUAACGAUGACAAACUUUUCUCCAGUGCAACUGUAAAUAUUUGAGUUGAAAUAAACUUGUCAUCUGUUGAAGAUA